AAAUAGUUCUGGAACAUAAACAAAAAGAUUUCAACAAAUUUUAAAAAUAAAAUUUCCAGAAGCGCCACACCGACCAACUUUCAAGAAUUUUCGAUCUUAUUUAAAGAAGCGGAAAGCGGACUUCCGAUAAAAUUUCCAAAGCUACGGUGAAGCGGGCCCGCGGAUUGCAGAUUUUCUCAGUUUUAAAAAGGACUAAAUUAGUGUUACCCGCUCACUUCUUUGCUUCGUCUUCCUAGACCACACAAUCUCAAAUCAACUUCUUAAACUAUUUAAGGUACACACCAUUUCUCAUGGCAACCCGAAAAUCAAAAUCUCAAAUCUCGUUGCAGGAUUACUUGAAAUCUGUUGCUCCGACUCAGAUUUUAUCCGAACGAGGAUCAAAUCUCGUUGUCAUCAACCCAGGCUCUGCGUAUGUAAGAAUUGGGUUGGCUAGGGAUGAGAAGCCUUUCAAUGUCCCUAAUUGUAUUGCUAGAUACAACACAGGGAAACCAUAUGUUGUUGAUCAGAUGCUUAACACUCAGGUCACGACGAAUCAACAUGUUGACCGUGAGAGAGCUUACAAUACUGCGGCAUCGCUGUUGAAGAUACCGUAUCUGGAUGAAAGUUCUUCUGGCUCUGCAUCACGCAAGAUGGGAAGAAUAGAUGGGUUCAAUAAACCGAGCACUACAAAGAAAGAUACAGUCUUUCCUUGGACUGAUGUGUAUGAGGACGUGCAGAUUUCUCCUGUCGCAUCAGAAACUUCUGCUGAUAAAGGUGAGGCCAGCGCAACUAAAGCUGCUCCUGAUGUUACUGAUACUAAAGAUGCUAGUGAGAGUAAGCGCAAGUACAGGAAGACGAUUUUUGGUGAAGAAGCUAUGACAAUAUCGCCAAACGAGCCAUAUUGCAUACGCCAUCCUAUUCGGAGAGGUCACUUCAAUGUUUCGCCACAUUAUUCAGCACAACAGGUUUGCGAGGACUUAACCGCUAUCUUGGACUGGGUUUUACUAGAAAAAUUGCAUAUUUCACACAGUGAGAGAUUCUCUUUUCAUGCUGUUCUUGUUGUCCCGGAAACAUUUGACAGCCGCGAAAUAAAGGAAAUGCUAACUAUUGUGUUGGGAGGGCUGCGCUUUAACUCAGCAGUUGUCCACCAAGAAGGUCUAUCCGCUGUUUUUGGGAAUGGUUUGUCAACAGCUUGUAUUGUGAAUAUGGGAGCCCAGACGAGUACAGUUGUUUGUAUCGAGGAUGGAGUCUCAUUGCCAAAUACUGAAAAGAUUUUACCUUUUGGAGGAGAGGAUAUAUGUAGAUGCCUUUUAUGGAUUCAGCGGCAUUACCAAAAGUGGCCACAAAUCCGAACAGAUGUUUUGGCAAAGCCAAUCGAUAUGCUGAUGCUUAAUCAACUUAAGGAGUCAUAUUGUGAUAUAAGAGAAGGAGAAGUGGAAGCUGCUGCAACAGUUCAUUCUUAUGAGGACGGCAUGCCAGCUAUGCCUCACAAAACAACUCUCACCUCACUUAAUGUUCCGCCAAUGGGUCUGUUUUAUCCUAACCUUCUGGUCCCUGAAGUGUUUCCUCAGCCACCACGUGAAUGGUUCCAAGACUACGAGAAUAUGUUGGAGGACACGUGGAACAUGGACUUUGGAGGUGGUGGUAAUAUGGGAUUACCAAUGUGGGAUAGUUUUGCAGUUUCCCCUUCGAAACCUAAGAAAGAAGAGAAGAUUGGUCUCGCUGAAGCCAUUACAAGCAGCAUCCUCUCUGCUGGACGCAUAGACCUUAGGCGAAAGCUUUUCUCCAGUAUUCAAUUGAUUGGUGGUGUUGGUUCGACUAAAGGUCUUGUACGAGCUGUGGAAGAAAGGGUUCUCCGCACAAUACCUCCAACUGAAGCUAUCAACACUGUGGAGGUUCUGCCGUCAAGAACGGACCCAACUUUCGUAACUUGGAAAGGCGGAGCGAUAUUGGGAAUUCUGGACUUUGGAAGAGAAGCUUGGAUUGAGAGACAGGAAUGGAUGGAAAAUGGGAUUCAUAAAGGCAGUACAAAGAAGUACAAAGACUCUUUUUACAUUGAAGGUCAAGCAAUGUACUUCAUCAACCCCUAGAGUGUGUAUAUGCUUAAGCUUUCUCUGCUUUCUUAGCUCAGAAUAACUUUUGUGGAGUAUUUGAUAUUGUUUAGUUUUUAAUUGUCCUAAACUCCUAAUUCAGACCAGAUAAUUUUAUAUCAUAGUCAAAAUUAAUUUGCUACAAUA